GAAGAUGGCGGCGGCCGCCGGCGGGCACAGUGUGAGGAGCAGCAGAGAGCUGUGGACCAUCCUGCUUGGAAGGUCGGCUCUGAGAGAACUGAAUCAGAUUGAGGCAGAACUGAAUAAACAUUGGCAGCGGUUGCUGGAGGGGCUUUCUUAUUACAAACCACCCAGUUCAAGUUCAGCUGAAAAAGUGAAAGCUAAUAAGGACGUAGCCUCUCCCCUGAAGGAGCUGGGAUUACGGAUCAGCAAAUUUCUGGGUCUGGAUGAAGAGCAGAGUGUGCAGUUACUUCACUGUUACCUUCAAGAGGAUUACAGGGGCACUCGGGACUCGCUCAAGGUGGUGCUGCAGGACGAACGGCAGAGCCAGGCCUUAAUCUUGAAGAUUGCAGAUUAUUACUAUGAAGAAAGAACCUGUGUUCUGCGCUGUGUCUUACACCUUCUUACUUACUUCCAAGAUGAACGACACCCAUACAGGGUCGAAUACGCAGACUGUGUUGAUAAGUUGGAGAAGGAGCUGGUUUCAAAAUAUAGACAGCAGUUUGAAGAGCUGUGUCAGACUGAAGCACCCACGUGGGAGACCCACGGCACCCUCAUGACUGAGCGUCAGGUGUCUCGCUGGUUUGCUCAGUGCCUUCGGGAGCAGUGCAUGCUGCUGGAGAUCAUCUUCCUUUAUUACGCCUACUUUGAGAUGUCACCCAGUGACCUGUUGGUACUCACCAAGAUGUUUAAAGAGCAAGGUUUUGGUAGUCGGCAAAUCAACAGGCAUCUAGUGGAUGAGACUAUGGAUCCUUUUAUCGAUCGGAUUGGCUACUUCAGUGCCCUGAUCCUGGUGGAAGGCAUGGACAUCGAGUCCUUGCAUAAGUGUGCCCUGGAUGACAGGAGGGAGCUACACCAGUUUGCUCGGGACGGACUGACUUGCCAGGACAUGGACCAUUUGAUGUUGACCUUUGGGGACAUUCCCCAUCAUGCCCCAGUGCUUUUGGCCUGGGCUCUCCUCCGUCACACCCUGAAGCCGGAAGAGUGCAGUGCUGUGGUGCGCAAGCUGGGAGGCACUGCCAUCCAACAGAAUGUGUUCCAGUACUUGACCCGACUGCUCCGCUCGCUUGCCAGUGGGGGAAAUAAUUGCACCACCAGCACUGCGUGCAUGUGUGUCUACGGGCUCCUGUCCUUCGUCCUGACCUCGCUGGAGCUGCACACCCUGGGCCCUCAGCAGGAUGUGAUCGACACAGCCUGUGAAGUCUUGGCAGACCCUUCUCUUCCAGAACUCUUCUGGGGAACAGAACCCACCUCUGGCCUCGGCAUCAUCCUGGACAGUGUGUGUGGGAUGUUCCCUCACCUCCUCUCCCCGCUCCUGCAGUUACUCCGAGCCCUCGUGUCUGGCAAGUCCACUGCCAAAAAGGUGUACAGUUUCUUGGACAAGAUGUCCUUCUACAAUGAACUGUAUAAGCACAAACCCCACGACGUCCUCUCUCAUGAAGACGGCACGCUGUGGCGGCGGCAGACGCCCAAACUCCUUUAUCCCCUGGGUGGUCCCACCAACCUUCGCAUCCCUCAGGGCACCGUGGGCCAAGUCAUGCUGGAUGAGCGGGCUUACCUGGUGCGCUGGGAGUAUUCGUACAGCAGCUGGACCCUCUUCACCUGUGAGAUGGAGAUGCUGCUGCACGUUGUGUCCACUGCAGAUGUGAUUCAGCACUGCCAGCGGGUCAAGCCCAUCAUUGAUCUGGUGCACAGGGUCAUCAGCACCGACCUCUCCAUAGCGGACUGCCUCCUGCCCAUCACGUCCCGCAUCUACAUGCUGCUACAGCGGCUAGCGACGGUCAUCUCCCCACCUGUGGAUGUCAUUGCUUCUUGUGUCAAUUGUUUGACUGUCUUGGCGGCUCGGAACCCAGCGAAGGUCUGGACCGAUCUUCGUCACACAGGCUUUUUACCUUUUGUGGCCCAGCCUGUCUCCAGCAUGAGUCAAAUGAUUAGUGCGGAGGGGAUGAACGCCGGAGGGUACGGGAGCCUCCUGAUGAACAGCGAGCAGCCCCAGGGCGAGUACGGGGUCACGAUGGCCUUUCUGCGCUUGGUCACCACUCUUGUCAAGGGCCAGCUUGGUAGUACCCAGAGCCAAGGACUCGUGCCCUGUGUCAUGUUCGUGCUGAAGGAGAUGCUGCCCAGCUACCACAAGUGGCGCUACAACUGUCACGGAGUGAGGGAGCAGAUCGGUUGCCUGAUCUUGGAGCUGAUUCAUGCUAUCCUGAACCUGUGCCAUGAGCCAGAGCUGCACAGCAGCCACACGCCCAGCCUGCAGUCCCUCUGCAUCUGCAGCUUGGCCUACACAGAAGCGGGGCAGACGGUUAUCAACAUCAUGGGCAUCGGCGUGGACACCAUCGACAUGGUGAUGGCUGCUCAGCCCCGAAGUGAUGGGGCAGAGGGCCAGGGGCAGGGCCAGCUGCUCAUCAAGACUGUGAAACUGGCCUUCUCCGUCACCAACAACGUCAUUCGGCUGAAGCCUCCUUCCAACGUGGUGUCCCCCCUGGAGCAGGCGCUCACGCAGCACGGUGCCCACGGGAACAACCUCAUUGCUGUUCUGGCGAAGUACAUCUACCACAAACAUGACCCUGCGUUGCCACGACUUGCCAUUCAGCUCCUGAAGCGUCUGGCCACGGUGGCCCCAAUGUCGGUGUACGCGUGCCUGGGCAAUGAUGCAGCAGCCAUUCGCGAUGCCUUCCUGAUCCGCCUGCACAGCAAACUGGAGGACAUGCGCAUCAAAGUCAUGAUUCUGGAGUUCCUCACCGUUGCGGUGGAGACCCAGCCAGGCCUCAUCGAGCUGUUCCUCAACCUGGAGGUGAAGGACGGCAGUGACGGCUCCAAGGAAUUCAGCCUGGGCGAGUGGAGCUGUCUCCACUCUGUGUUGGAGCUCAUCGACACACAGCCACAGGACCGAUACUGGUGCCCACCCCUGCUGCAUCGCGCAGCUGUUGCCUUCCUACAUGCCCUGUGGCAGGACCGUCGGGACAGUGCCAUGCUGGUCCUCAGAACCAAGCCCAAAUUUUGGGAAAAUUUAACAAGUCUGCUGUUUGGAACCCUUCCCCCUCCCUCAGAGACGUCAGAGCCCAGCAUCCUGGAAACCUGUGCCCUCAUCAUGAAGAUCAUUUGCUUGGAGAUCUACUAUGUCGUGAAGGGCUCCUUAGACCAGUCACUAACAGACACACUUAAGAGAUUCUCCGGUGAGAAGCGCUUUGCCUACUGGUCAGGAUACGUGAAGUCCCUGGCCAUCCACACAGCUGCCAGCGAGGGCAGCAGCUGCACCUCCUGGGGAGAGCACCAGCUGCUGGUGUCUGCCUGGCGGACCCUGCUCAUCAUUGCUGCCAGCCACCCAGAUGUCAUGCAACUGACCGACUCAACAGUGCGCCGUCAGCUCUUUCUUGAUGUGCUCGAUGGAACCAAAGCCUUACUCCUGGUCCCCACCUCGGUGAACUGCCUACGUCUCGGCUCCAUGAUGUGCACCCUGCUGCUCAUCCUGCUGCGGCAGUGGAAGAGAGAGUUGGGUCCCGUGGACAACAUCCUUGGGCCCUUGACGGAGAUCCUGGAGGGAGUGCUGCAGGCAGACCCACGGCUCCUGGAGAGGACCAAGGCCAAGGUGUUCUCGGCAUUCAUCACUGUGCUGCAAAUGAAGGAGCUGCAUGUUGAUGACAUCCCCCAGUACUCCCAGCUGGUGCUGAAUGUCUGCGAGACUCUACAGGAAGAGGUGAUCGCGCUCCUGGACCAGACCCGCCAUGGCCUGGCAGCGGGCAGUGCCCCAGAGGACAAGGACAGCAUGGAGACUGAUGACGGCGUGAGGCCCCGGCACAAGGACCAGCGUGAUGGGGUGUGUGUUCUGGGUCUGCAUCUGGCCAAAGAGCUGUGUGAGGUGGACGAGGAUGGGGACUCGUGGCUGCAGGUGACCCGCAGGCUCCCCGUCCUGCCCAGCCUGCUCACCGCCCUGGAGGUGAGCCUCCGUGUGAAGCAGAACCUGCAUUUCGCAGAGGCCGCCUUACACUUGCUCCUCACACUGGCUCGCACCCAGCAGGGAGCCACGGCAGUGGCUGGAGCUGGUGUCACACAGAGCAUCUGUCUGCCUCUCGUCAGUGUGUACCAGCUCAGCUCCAAUGGUUCGGGACAGGCACCCAGCACCUCUCGGAAGUCGCUGGAUGCCCCCUCGUGGCCGGGGGUCUAUCGCCUGUCCAUGUCCUUGAUGGAGCGGUUGCUUAAGACUCUGCGCUACAACUUCCUGACUGAGGCACUGGACUUCGUGGGUGUCCACCAGGAGCGAACCCUGCAGUGCCUCAGUGCAGUCAGGACGGUGCAGAGUCUGGCCUGCCUGGAGGAGGCUGACCACACGGUGGGCUUCAUCCUGCAGCUGUCCAGCUUCAUGAAGGAGUGGCACUUCCACCUGCCACAACUGAUGCGUGACAUCCAGGUCAACCUUGGCUACCUGUGUCAGGCCUGCACCUCCCUGCUGCAUAGCCGCAAGAUGCUACAGCACUACCUGCAGAACAAAAAUGGGGAUGGCCUUCCCUCAGCGGUUGCACCUCGAGUUCAGCGACCCCCCACUGCCUCCACUGCCGUCCCUUCCUGCCCCUCGAAGCAGCCUGCCGCCGACCCUGAAGCCUCGGAGCAGCACGCCUUGCAUGCAGUCCAGUAUGGCCUGCUCAAGAUCCUCAGCAGGACCCUGGCAGCCCUGCGCCACUUCACCCCCGAUGUCUGCCAGAUCCUGCUGGAUCAGUCAUUGGAUCUUGCUGAAUACAACUUCCUUUUUGCCCUGAGUUUCACUACUCCCACCUUUGACUCGGAAGUGGCCCCCUCCUUCGGGACGCUCCUGGCCACAGUGAAUGUGACCCUCAACAUGCUCGGGGAGCUGGACAAGAAGAAGGAGCCCCUGCCGCAGGCCGUGGGGCUCGGCACGCAGGCAGAAGGCACCAAGACAUUAAAGUCCCUGCUGAUGUUCACCAUGGAGAACUGCUUCUACCUGCUCAUCUCCCAGGCCAUGCGCUACCUGCGGGACCCGGCUGUGCACCCUCGAGACAAACAGCGCAUGAAGCAGGAGCUCAGCUCCGAGCUGAGCACACUGCUCUCCAGCCUCUCGCGCUAUUUCCGCCGUGGAGCUCCCAGCUCUCCUGCUGCUGGCGUCCUGCCCUCACCACAGGGCAAGUCCACCUCUGCCUCGAAGGGCGGCCCCGAGAGCCAGGAGCCACUCAUCCAGCUGGUACAGGCCUUUGUCCGGCACGUGCAGAGAUAGGGUGGCAGCCACUGCCUACUACCACCCUCCCCACAGUCGCCAGGACUCUGCCACCCGCCUGCUGACGCUAUUUUUGUAAUGCAUAAAGAGGUCAACAGCAGGACGGGAGCCAUGCGUCCACUGUGCUCACUCGGCUUUCUUGGAUGCCAAGGAGGGGCAGUCCUUUCCAUAGAACAUUCCUCAAGCUGCCAGCCAGGGAAGCCAGCCCCAGUCCCAGCCGUCCAGAGCAGAGCUGGGUGCCUCAGUUGAAAGACAUUUUCCAGGAUCUGUUGUUGCGGUUUUUUGGUAACACUGUGGUCUAUUUAUACAGAUAAUAAAUGCUGUUCAUA